UGAAAAAGCUUAAAGCAUCAUCAAGUUCUACACUUGAUAACGAUAUCGAUAACUCUUCUAAAUUAGAAACAUGUGAUCUUACUAUAGCAAGUGGAGCUUCUGAAUCUGAAGAAAAACUUGAUUGA